GCAGCAGCAGCAGUGAAUCUCAGCUCCGCCACGGUGUCGCUCCUGGAGGGCGAUCCGGUCCGACUGGACUUCCCGAACAACUUCUGUCAGAGUUCCGUGGAUCUUCGGAGGAAGCAGAGACAACAGAGCCGUGAAGAAACACUCUCUGCCUCCUUGUCUGUGGUUUUCUUUAGCGCUUCUUUCUGACAUCCCAAACUGACUUUUCAUUUCCACAUCUGACCUCCAAUCCGCUCCCGACCUGCGGGGAGCCGCGGCGGUCCGAGUGGUCGGUCCAGACGGGAAGAACAGCCGCCCGGUCCGGGGAAGGAUGCCGUGCAGAUACUGGAUCCACAGGUGUGCUUAAACAAGCAUCCAGAUUCAAACCACCCCUCUGGCAGACAUGAGGAACAAAGGGCUGAAGACGCAGUCCUGAAGAUUGAUGGAGGGUCAUGCUAUUCAAACAGCAGGCACUGCUGAGACAGAAGCUCUUCGUUCUGGGCAGCCUCGUAAUUGGAAGUGUCCUCUAUCUGGUGGCCAGGGUUGGGACUUUGGAUAGGUUACAACCCAUUUGCCCCAUUGAGAGCAGAAUUCACCCAUCUGAGCCGGAGCAAAUCCCUCUUCGUGCACUGCAGUUUAAACGCGGGCUGCUUCACGAACUACGCAAGGGCAAUGCCUCCAAAGAGCAAAUCCGCCUGCACAACCUGGUCCAGCAGCUGCCUCGGGCCAUCAUCAUUGGCGUUCGCAAGGGGGGCACCCGUGCCCUGCUGGAAAUGCUCAACCUGCACCCAGCCGUGGUCAAGGCUUCGCAGGAGAUCCACUUCUUCGACAACGACAAAAACUACGCCCGCGGAAUUGGCUGGUACAGGGGUAAAAUGCCCUUCUCCCUCCCUCAUCAGAUCACAAUUGAGAAGAGCCCUGCCUACUUCAUCACAGAGGAGGUUCCCGAGCGCAUCUUCAAGAUGAACUCUUCCAUCAAGCUGCUGAUUAUCGUCCGAGAGCCCACCACCAGAGCCGUGUCCGACUACACCCAAGUGCUUGAGGGCAAGGAGCGCAAAAACAAGACUUACCACAAGUUUGAAAAUCUGGCCAUCGACGCCAACACGUGCGAAGUGAACACCAAAUACAAAGCCGUUCGCACCAGCAUCUACACAAAACACCUGGAGCGCUGGCUCAAGUAUUUCCCUGUGGAGCAGUUCCACAUAGUAGACGGGGAUCGGCUCAUUACAGACCCGCUGCCAGAGCUGCAGCUGGUCGAGAGCUUCCUGAACCUCCCCUCCAGGAUUAGUCAGUAUAACCUGUACUUUAACGCCACCAGGGGAUUUUACUGUCUGCGAUUCAACAUCGUCUUCAACAAGUGCCUGGCCGGCAGCAAGGGCCGCAUCCAUCCUGAGGUGGACCCGUCUGUAGUGACUAAGCUGCAGAAGUUCUUCCACCCUUUUAAUCAGAAGUUUUACCAGGUCACUGGAAGAACAUUUAACUGGCCAUGAAAUUAAAAAAAGAUCUCACAAGGUAUGAACAGCACUUUGUUAAGUUUAAUACAAGUAUAUUGUGACCAAAUAAUACUUGAUGUAAGUUUGCUCUGUGUGUAAAAUGCAACACAAUAGUUUGAUGUUUUCAAGUCAGUUUACAUGUCUGUCUGUGUUUCUCCUCCUAAAAAAAAGAACAUUUUCAUGCAGUGUGUUUACAAUUACUUGCAAAGUAAGAGUUAGAGAAGCAUAACUUCUUGAACUCUUCCAGAUUUUUUCAUGUCCCAGCCUGUGAAAUAAGUGAAAUCUGAAAAUGAUGGAGUGCAUCUGUAAUCAGAAUCCUUUUUAAACCCCUGAACAGAUUAAAGUGGAACUAAUUAUGCAUAACAUCCCUUGUAGAGAUCUGAGAACAACCAGUAUUAUGAGGCCCAAUGGACACAGCAGACUAGUCAGGGAGAAAGCACUAGUGAAGUCUAAAGCAGAAUUAGGUUCCAAAACAACAUCCCAAACUUUGACUAUCUCAAAGCUUGGGAUUCAAUCUAUCAUCUGAAUGCGGAGAGAGGACGACCCAACUGACCCAAGACUACCAAAGACCUGAACAUUCACCUAUACCAAGAAACCACGCAGAAAGAGCAUUGGUCAUUAGUUGUCAACAUCAGAUCUGACCUCUAUGAAAGAGAUGUAAGAAAGAAGUCAUUGAAUAAAGGCCAGCAGAAGUUCAGUUAGAUGCCUUGAUAUUAGACACCUGAUUAUCUACCCAGCAGUAUGCUGCAUAUGAUUUGCAGCAUCGUUUAUUAUGCUGCAGUAAUUGUGAAGCAUUCUUUCUCCAGUCAGAUAGCACUGAUCUAAAAGUCGCCACAGUCUGAAUGCAAAGCACUGUGGGUAAUAUCACAACUACUGAUAUGCCUUCCUGGCAGAUUUAGAACAGGGAAUGAGAUGGUUGUCGGAUUAUCACUUGAAAUAUAUAAGAUAUUUGUUUUUAUUUCAAUGUAAUUAAAAAUUAGCAUACUGAAAAUUAUUUAUGCUUUUCAGUAGAAAAAUACUUGGCAACUGUUAAACUCUUGUUCAAAUUUCUGACUAGCUCUUUGGACGUUUUCACUGGAGUUUUAGCAGGUUUUUUUUUUAGCUCAGACUAAAAUAAAUUAAAUCUCUGAUGUUUUUCUAUCAAAACAAUUUCUGAUUUGAAUCAAUUUUGUAUUUUGGAAAAGAAAUUGCAAAUGAUAGCAAAUAUUUUCAAAAACCUGCUUUUAUUUCGGUCAUUUCGUCUAGUGGUUGACCUGAAUUCAAAGUCCAAAUAAAUACAAGCUAUAGGAAACGCGAUGGUGGCUCUGGAGAGACUCACUAGCUCUGAUCUAUGGAAGCACAAGUAGAGUAUCGGUGGACAAAAUAUGGCAAAUUAAAUAUUCAUAAACAACUAAUUUUAUUAACCACAUAAAUAAUUAAGCACAGAGUAUUUCAAUUCGGAAGCUCUCCUUGCCAUUACCCUAUUUAACUCCCUCCACAGAUUCUCUAUCAAAUUUGAAAUGGGAAAGUGAAAAUUACCUCAAAAUCACAAGAAAUGUGUUGGAAAAAUAAAAUGGAAUUUCAGUUCAUGUAUAGUAUCCUGAUUCACAAUAAAUUUCUCAAUUCACUUUACAAUGAAAACAAUAUUUUGCAGCAGUCCCUCAUCGUGACCAUGCAUGUUCUGACAGUGGGGAGCAGAACCUGCAUUUAAAAGGACAGAUCUUCCAGGAGAACAAGCGAAGUGUGAUCAUCCAUCUGACACAAACAACAAAUCCAGAUUCCAAUCCAUCUGAAAACUUGUGACAAGAUUUCAAAAUCAUUAUUCAAAGACAUUCUCAGUCCAAACCUUUUUAUCUUUUUUUUUUUCAAAGAAAAGACAUUUAGUUUGAGAGCUUUGUUCUAUAAAGCACUGACCCAGCAGAGCUGAAUACACACGCACAACACAGUUUUCAGAUUUUAGUUGUAAAUAAAAAUUGAGAAGAGUGUUUGAUUUUCUUUAUGCAGUAAAACAUUGUGUUGGUCUAUCACAAACAAUCCCAACAAAACACACUGAAGUUGGGUUGUAACAUGACAAAAUGCAAAAAUGAGUGUGUUUGCAAGGCACUGUACCUACAAAUGGUUGUUUUUAAGACCAUCCUCACAGACAUUCAUAGUGUUAAGAUAAACUUUAAAUGUAAACCUUUGAAUCAAGAUAAAGCAGAUUUAAGAUGACAAAGAAAAAUCCAUGUUUUGUUAUUGUCUUGACCCAAACAGCAUGUUCAGUUCAGGAGCCAUAUCACCAAUAGUUUAAACAUCAUCCACAAGUUUUCAGUCUUUAAUUUAAUAUUACCUUAGGCUAACCUGUUAGCCUGAAGCAUCCUUUGGUUUUCAGCAGAGGUUAAUCUGUCCUGUGCAGAGUUAGAAUUAGCCUGGCUUAUUCAGAUUCAUCUGGACAGCUUUUAGGACAACUGUUCUCAGGUGGGAUAUGUUGUUAAAAUGAGAUGUAUUUUUUGGAUGCUCCCUGACAACAGCGGUCUUGAUAAUAAGACAGUUUUUGACAAAAAAUGGGUCUUACCCAUUCUCAAUCCAUCUUGGAAUAAUCACACAUGUAGUUAGCGCCAAUAAGUUCUAUCAGGUAGCCUAGAAAGCUUCAAAUUCAUCAUAGCUUUCACAACUUGAUUUUGUAGUUUUAAUUUAAUGAUGUAUUGUCAUGUCCCACAUUCCCAAAUUCAUGACGCCAUGCUGCAAAAGGCCACAGUAGGUAAAAUAAUGUUGUCCUCUAAUGAUUCCUGUCAAAUUAAAUUAAAUAGAUUAUGAUCAGCACCAUUUGUCUGUUUCAGUGGGAACAUGCAUUAUGUAUCAUAAUUGUGUUGUUAAAAAUAUUAAAUUAAAAGUACAUGUGAAAAUCUUUCAGACC